AUGUACUUCAACAGUCUCGCCCUUCUCGGCCUCAGCGCCACCACUCUCGCCCUCCCCUCUACCACCCGUCGUGCCUGCACCUCCUUCCGCACCGUCUCGGACCCAGGCUUUUACGCCUCCGCCUCCAUCCCCACCGCCGACUUCCCAGACGACCCCUCUUACUUCGAGAACCAAAUCCUCGAGUUCCAGCCCACCAUCUCCUCCUCUAGCAGCCAAUGCACUCUCUUCGGCAACUUCGAGCGCGACUUUCCUGUCCACGUGUCCGGCAAUGCCGCCACCAAGCUCAACGUAUACCAGCGCCACAGCAGCACCGAUAAGAAGCUUAUUGGGAGUUUCAACGCGCUUGAAUUGGAUGCCAGCGGGAAGACGACGGAUAUCACAAGCAGUCCGAUCGCGACAUUUAAGUGUAGUGAGGGGACUGUUUUUGAGUUCCAGUUGGCGCUGAGUAAGGCGGGGGAUUGGGCAAGCAUUGCGUUUGAAGAGGAUGCAGAUAGUGGAUUUUCACUGUUGGCUUGUUGA